UAGGAUUAGAACAAAGGAACUGCAGUCCAUAUCUAAUCCUCCACUUUAAAUAUUAACAAUAUUUCAGCUUGCUGUUAUUUCACCACUGGGACUCAAUGUACCAUAAGCUAUUGCAAUUUUUGGCAGAUUUGAGACCACAAAUAACUUGUUUUUUUCAGUCUGCGAGGGUGGACCUUAGAAUUCCCAAAUGGUUCUGCAUUGCUUCUGCUGGAGGAAGUCCGCAACAAAAAUUGGUGGCAAUGAACUAAACUUUUCUCUGUAGGGCACGGCUGUGACUAUAUAGUGCACUACUGUACUCACCAGAUCUUUCCUGGAAACACUCAUGUGACCUAGUAAAUGAAUGCUCUAGUAUGAUGAUCAGUUAGGGGAGCCUAUCCCGGACUGCCUAUCAGUCCUUGAAACAUCCAUAAUCUGAUUUCUAGGAGAGGAGUUCAGUAAUGAAGGUGAAGAUUUCAUUGGAGCACCAGUGUCAAGACCUGAAAUAUGAGGAUAGGACUGUUCUAAUGUUACCCUGCUAAGACCACAGCAAUGGAGCUUUCACCUUUUACAGGAUGUAGUCUGUUUGACAGUCCCUAAGACAUUCUUGCUCUGCCUUGCCUCAGAUAGGGAUUCAGCCAGGUCUGCAAAGCAGGAGAGGUGCGUGUCUUCUAACAUUAUCUUCACAGUGACAUGGUGCUGCUGCAAGAAGUCUCAGUCAAGCUGUUUCAUCCCUCAAUAUUGCUUCGGGUUCCCAGUCAUCAGGCUGCAGUUUCUCCAUUUAUUACUUCAGUUCACUUGCUCACAUGGACAAAGUGGCAAUAAAAAUAAUUGACAAAUCUCAGCUGGAUGCAGUGAACCUGGAAAAGAUCUAUCGAGAAGUGCAGAUAAUGAAAAUGCUUGACCACCCGCACAUAAUAAAACUCUACCAGGUGAUGGAGACCAAAAGCAUGUUGUACCUUGUGACAGAAUAUGCCAAAAACGGAGAAAUUUUCGAUUAUCUUGCCAACCACGGCCGUCUGAGUGAGCCCGAGGCCAGACGCAAAUUCUGGCAAAUCCUCUCUGCGGUGGAAUAUUGUCAUAACCGAAAGAUUGUGCACCGUGACCUCAAGGCUGAAAAUCUCCUGCUCGACAACAACAUGAACAUCAAAAUAGCAGAUUUUGGGUUUGGAAAUUUCUAUAAAAGUGGUGAGCCUCUCACCACCUGGUGUGGAAGCCCCCCAUAUGCAGCCCCAGAAGUCUUUGAAGGGCAGCAGUAUGAAGGACCCCAGCUGGAUAUCUGGAGCAUGGGUGUAGUUCUUUAUGUUCUAGUCUGUGGAGCGUUACCUUUCGAUGGACCUACACUCCCUAUUCUGAGACAACGGGUUCUGGAAGGAAGGUUCAGGAUCCCCUAUUUCAUGUCAGAAGAGUGUGAGCACCUGAUCAGGAGAAUGCUGGUCCUUGACCCAUCCAAGAGAUUGACAAUUACUCAGAUUAAGGAGCAUAAAUGGAUGCUAAUAGAAGUUCCUGUGCAGAGACCCAUUCUCUAUCCACAAGGACAGGAGAACGAGCCUUCCAUUGGAGAGUAUAAUGAGCAGGUUUUGCGGCUGAUGCACAGCCUUGGAAUAGACCAACAGAAAACUAUUGAGUCUCUGCAGAACAAGAGUUAUAACCACUUUGCUGCUAUCUAUUACCUGUUAGUGGAGAGACUCAAGUCACAUCGGAGUAGCUUCCCUGUGGAGCAGAGACUUGAUGCUCGUCAGCGUCGGCCAAGCACCAUUGCUGAACAAACAGUCGCCAAGACACAAGCUGCGGUGCCCCCAGUGAACCUGCGUUCACAGAAUGUAAGGCUGCUGAGGUCUCCGGGCCUCCCACCAGCUCCAGAAGCAUUCUCCUUUCCCCCAACCAGCUGCCACGUCGAGUCAGCAUUCAUGGAGGAAGAAAGAGUCGAUACUCCGAAGGUAAAUGGCUGCUUGCUCGAUCCUUUGCCCCCUAUGGUGAUUAGGAAAGGAUGCCAGUCACUGCCUACUAGCAUGAUGGAAACCUCUAUUGAUGAGGGGAUAGAGACAGAAGGCGAAUCAGAAGACGAUCCCGCGCAGGCAUUUGCAGCCCUCCAAGCAACCCGCUGUGGGAAAAGACGUCACACUCUGGCGGAAGUGACCAACCAACUUGUCAUGAUGCCAGGCACAGGGAAAGUCUACUCCUUGGAUGAGAAUCCAUCUUUGGGCAGCAUUGACUCAGAAUAUGAUAUGGGAUCUUUUCAGAGAGAUCUUAACUUCCUUGAGGACACUCCUACACUGAAAGAAAUGGUGCUGGCCAACCAGUCAGCACCCAGAAUGACACCCCCUUUCAUAGGCCUGAGACCUCCCAAUCCAGCCAUGCAGGCACUGACCUCCCAGAAACGAGAGGCCCACAACCGCUCCCCCGUCAGUUUCCGAGAGGGGCGCAGGGCAUCUGACACAUCCCUCACACAAGGAAUUGUAGCAUUUAGACAGCACCUUCAGAAUCUGGCACGAACCAAAGGAAUCCUGGAGUUGAAUAAAGUCCAGCUCCUAUAUGAACAGAUGGGAUCAGAAGAAGAGCCCAACCUAACAUCGACUGCUCCCCACUUGCAGAAUCUUGUAAACAGCCCCCCUCAGGAGGAAGCUUCUCAGCAGCAGGAGAUUGUAUCUGCCUUCCCUAAUGGUGUGCAUCCACAGUUAUUAUCGAGACGGCAGAGCUUAGAAACACAGUACUUGCAACACAGACUGCAGAAACCCAGCCUGCUGUCAAAAGCCCAGAAUACCUGCCAGCUGUACUGCAAAGAACUGCCUCGAAGCCUGGAACAGCAGUUACAAGAGCACAGGCUGCAUCAGAAGAGACUCUUCCUCCAGAAGCAGUCCCAGCUGCAGGCUUAUUUUAACCAGAUGCACAUAGCCGAAAACUCAUACCCAAGGUCAAGUCAACUGCCACUUCCAGGCCAGGAGGAGCAGCAGCAGCCGCCCACACAGUUCAGCCUGGCACAGCCCUUGAGCCCUGUAAUGGAGCCUUCCUCAGAACAAAUGCAAUAUGACCCUUUCCUUAGCCAGUAUCAGAAACUGCAGCUGGAGUCAUUGCCACCAUCACAGAUCCACAGCGCACCUGGGCUGCCAUUGCAGAUUCAUGUGCAACAGCAGUCACCACCGCUGCCACCCUUACAAUAUUCCUAUCAGACUUGUGAAUUGCCAGGGGUCACUUCUUCUGAGCCAGACUACCCAAACCAGUGCCAGUAUUCCAUGAACCCAGCCCAGCAAAGCAAUGUAUCAUCACGAGACAACCAGAGGAGCUCAGCACCUCAAGAGCCUCAGUCCAGCUAUGAGGCAUUAGCCCUUUCAGAAUUGCCAGGACUUUUUGAUUGUGAAAUGAUGGAGACUGUUGACCCACAACAUAGUGGCUAUGUCUUGGUGAAUUAGCCACCCUGCAGUGUUCACUUAAGAAUGGAAGACAGGUGAAGUGAAGGAAAAGCAUCUGAAUUUUCAUUUUGGUUCCAACCCUAAAAUUCAUGGCUUAUUUUCCAACCCUUGACCUACUGAGGGAUGUAAAAGCCACCUGACUGGUACUAGCCGGGAUGGCUAAAAGCUACAUAGCCAUUGGUUCAUCCUGACAGUGCUAUGCCACAAACUCCGUGGCAGGGGCUGGAGAUGGAUACUGCAGUUUGGUCAAACAAAGAACCAGUUUGCAGAGAAGGAGAUUAGAGAUGUAGUUUUAAAGAAAGAAAAGGGUCCCUUCCAAAAACUGGAUACUCUGCUAGCAUCCAUCCAGUACCAGAUGAAACCUGCUAAACAUCUGCAAAAGAAAGGAGAUUAAAUGAGUGAUACAUUGUACUUCUUGGCAAUAAAAGCAAUAUAUUUUUCAUCUGAACUCAGACUUGGGUAACCUGAAGGCAAAUCAAGAACUCAUUAAACUUUAGUGCAUGGUGGAUUUAAAGGAAAGUUGCACUUUGGCAUUGAAAUGUUGAUUCUAAGCUACUGAUGUUGCAUUAGUCCACAGUAAGUCUCAGAGGACAUCAGGUGUUUCUCCAACAGACUCCACAUCCUCCUGCUAGCAACAGCAUUUCCCCAAACUUGCCAAAAAACUUUUAACUGCCCAUCCUGGGAAGUUUCUGGAACUUUGACAAAAUGAUACACUGACCUAGUCAAAAAAGAGCUAGGUCUGAUAUGGGGCACUGCAGUGUUUUUAGAGGCCUCUGAAUGGGGUACAGAAUACUCUAAAGGUAAAGGAUCGGUUAACAGAUGUGAAAGUACCAAGAGGAGGUCUGCAACUGCAGCAAAUGACAUUGUCAAAAAGGUCAGCCAGGGUAGCAUUAGAAAUCAGCCCUUUUUGCGGACAGUCUCUUGUGGAGGCCUCUGCCUUGGAGCAGCUGUGGUCACUGGAGAGGAUAUAUCUGUCCUCUGUCACUUUUUAAAAGUAACUAUUUUGAAUUUACAGUAUGCAUUGCUGGUGGUUUAUUAAGCUUUGUAUAUUUGGACAAUUUAGGUUUUAGAACUUAAGGACAAAACAAAAUGAGCUUAAAAACCCCAUGUGAAGUGAUAGUGCUGUGCCUUUUUGGGUUCUUUAUCAGAUUAUAUGCUUUUUUUCCUGAAGAAAAUAGACAAUACCCCAUUUAUAUCCAUGCUAAAGCCAAAGUCUCUUCAGAGCAUGUGUUCCACCAUGUGGAAUACAAUGCAACUUCCUUAGUGUUUUGAUUGCUCAUCUAUAUGUGAAAUGUAAAAAGUAUUACAGCAAUAUUUAGUAUCAAGAACUGUUGCUAUAUUAACCGUUUCAACAGAUACUCACUUUGAGCAAGCACUUGAGUCCCCAAACCCUUGCAGUUCACAAAAUGCCAGACAGCAGCUGAGCUUUGGAUCCAUAGAAAGGAUAGGGGUAAUCACUGUAAUGUGGGUUGUCUCAAGUGUUUGAAAUACUGAGACACAAUAUUAAAGGAGAACCUAGUACCCCAUAGUUGGAGAGUUUAGCCCUCUGUGAGCAGAUGAACACACUAAGCACAAUGCAGGUUCUUUAAAGCACAAAGAACAGCAGAGAAGCAGGUAUUGCUUAUGAAAAACACCUUUUGAUGUCUGGAAGGUUUUCCCUUUUCAUUAAGUUCAAAGUGAGGAAAGAGGCAAAAUAUACUAAUAGCUCCAUCUGUAUCUAUCACUACACAGUCACCAACCUUGCGCCUGACACUUUGCUCUCAAACCAAAGUUUUGUUGGAAGUUCCCAACCCCACCAAUCUGGGCUGUCACUUUACACUGACCCACAGGCAAGUUCUACAGUCACUAUAUAAAGCACCAAGGCAUUGGACUGAAUUGGUGGUAGCAGAAGAGAGAAUUCCUGAUACACUGAGAAAAGCCCAGUCAGUUUAUAAUCAGAUUUUCGAAGAGUUAUCAAAGAUCAGACUGCAGAACCAUUUUUUUUCCUUCAGAGGAAUAAGCAGUCAGCACACAGAGCAAUAAUACAGUAUUUACAUGGCAAAGGUAAAAAAAAAUCUAGUGACUAUAUAUUACUCAGCUUUAAACAGGAAGAAGUUCAGCACUGCUGCCAGCAAUUGCCUUAUUUCAUAGCAUGCUAAAAUCUGACUGACCUGUGGUGUUUAUGCAGCUCAUUGUGUAAUAUUGGUCACUAAUCCACUUGUUGUGCAGUCAGAUUUGUUCAAUCAAGGCUUUGUAUUGGCUACACGUUGAUUCCAAAGCCAUUGCUGGGGGGCAAUUUGAAAUCCCAUGUAAGCUAAAGCAUGGAAUCUCAGCUUAAAGGUUGUGUCCACUUACCCUUUCUUUAUGGCUAGAUGGCAAAGAGGUCAACUAAUGCUUUGCUGUUGUAACAUGGGCUCCUGAUCUGGGGGAGUUUGAGAACCACCGACCUAAAGACUGUUUUAAGGUGACUUAAUGCCAUCUGCAUAGAAACCUUUAUAAAUGGCAUCCCAUCCUCAUCCAUGGACAUGCUUGUGUGAAGGGGUAAAAAUCUUCACACAGCCCCUAGGUCUUAAGUGACUUGUAGAGAGCAAGCAACUGGCAACAACACUGCAGGGGAACAAAGGGCCAGCCCAGUGGAGUCUAGGCAUCUCACCAGGGCAGGUGACCACACGCAGCAAGAGUGGACAGCAUGGGGCCACCUAAAAUAUUAAGCAAACAUUGGUGCACAUACAAGGCCAAGCUGAAUACCCAGAGAGCUGCGUGAAAGAGAAGCAAACGAUGGAUAUAGAAAUGUCUCCAUAGCAUGAACAAUCAAUUCAGAAGCCCAGUUCUGCACAGGGAGUUGAGUUACAAAACAUGGCCUGCCCCUUUUAACUAUUUCCACAACAAACCCUACCACCCCAUACAUAGUAGGCUUACAUAGAGCAGGAUUCAGGGGCACAGAGAGCAGAAUUAUUGUUGUAGUUUGAUCUCUCAAUCAUUUUAGUCAUUUCUUUACCAGAGGGUCCCAACUAGUUUAAACUGCUGAGUUUUGGAAUGCAAGUAUCUAGGGAGCUAAAGAGUUUUGAAUGUUAUGAACAUGAAGUAGCUUCGAUCUCCCUCAACUAACAGCCUGUUUAACAUUUCAUGUCAUUUUCUUUAGACUAAAACAUUUCUAAUGCCACACUAGACUAUUUUGUGGGCACCACUCAUAUUCAUGCUACUUUGAGGUGGCUGUUUUUGUUCAAGUCUGUUGUGCCUAACAUUAGAGGAUUGUGUAUACUACUGUAUAGUUAAGUAUUACCUUUAGUAUCUUGUAUUACAGGUUCCUUUGAAGAGACUUUGGUGAGAUGUAUAUGGGGUAAAAAUUUCAUAUGGAGAAAAGUGCAAUAUGUGUGUGUGGUACGUUCUUUAAUGUAUUUUUUUAAAGAGUUAGAGGGUUUAGUCUUUGCUUUGGGAUAAAUGCACUAGUUUUGUGAGCUCCAGUUGGGCAAGUGCAUCUGUAGUAAUUACAUGCAACUGGUAUACUGGACUCUGUAAAGCAAUUACCGUGUAUUAAUACAAAAUAAAGAGUAUGUACAUUUCAUUUUUAAA